AUGUCUCACGACGAAGCUCAAAGUAAUUCGACGGGACCGUCGUCACACAAUCCCGCAGAAUAUGGGGUUUUCUCCCAACGCUCCUCUCCGACAUCUACUUCCACCGUUUCGUCGGCGAACACCCCUCACCAAGAAAACCAGAGCGCUUUGGCAUCUGCGGUAGCAGCGAUGGAGUUGCACGAUUCUACAGGUCUGGGUUUAGUACAAAGAUGGGCCGCGGGCGCGUCCGAUACUCAGUUUAAUGCUUUGUCCGGAGCCAUAGGCGGCUUCACUUCCGGCAUCGUCACUUGCCCACUCGAUGUUAUUAAGACAAAGCUGCAAGCUCAAGGAAGAUUUAUACCCGUUGACAAAGGAAGAUAUGUUGGACACCACAGAGUCUAUUCGGGUCUUGUGGGUACGGCGAGGAUUAUAUGGAGGGAAGAAGGUUUGCGCGGCAUGUAUAGAGGUUUAGGGCCUAUCAUUCUUGGUUACCUGCCGACUUGGGCAGUUUGGUUUACCGUUUACAACAAGAGCAAGGUUUUCAUGGCUGAUAAUAAGCUGCAGAAAAAUCAGUUCUUCAUCAACUUCUGGUCAUCAAUCAUAGCAGGGGCUAGCAGCACGUUGGUAACAAACCCAAUAUGGGUUAUUAAGACUAGACUUAUGUCACAAUCUGCUACAGGAGUCAAUAGACAACUAUCUAUGUUCCCGCGAUCAGGCAACACGCCAACUUCUAGGCCAACUAUCGACUCUCCCUGGCACUACCGUUCAACUCUCGACGCUGCGCGUAAAAUGUAUUCUUCCGAAGGUGUAUUAUCAUUCUAUUCUGGACUUGCCCCAGCACUUCUGGGCUUAACGCAUGUUGCCGUGCAAUUUCCUGUUUACGAAUUCUUACGGAUGAAAUUUACCGGUCAGGCCAUGGGUGAAAUGGGCGGUGACAAUCAGCAUAGUCAUUGGUUUGGUGUGCUCUCUGCGUCGAUAUUAUCGAAAAUUAUGGCUAGCUCGGCCACAUAUCCGCACGAAGUAAUUCGGACAAGACUACAAACACAGAGGCGGCCGACUCCUGGAAGUGAAUACCUACAAGGUUUAGGGGUUUCUGAGUCUACACCCGGCAGCCGGAAUCACAUACCGAAUAGUGAAUGUAGUGUUGCCCCCGAACCUAAAUAUCGGGGCGUGGUUAUGACAUUCCGUACUAUUCUACGGGAGGAAGGAUGGAGAGCGUUCUAUGCAGGCAUGGGUGUCAAUAUGAUGCGGGCCGUUCCGGCAGCAACAGUAACGAUGAUGACAUACGAGUUCGUGAUGAAGACAUUACAUCGCGUGCAGGUCGAAGGUCAGGAAAAGAAGAAUUCGAAUAAGGUGACGGUUCGCGAACCAUGA